AUGAGCCCAACGCAGCAACGGAACGAUUUGAGUCGCGAAUUUCUUCACAAUGUCUAUGGAGUGGACCCGGAUACGUUUGGGUAUAUUGGGCCGGUGUAUAUCUGGCCGGACAGCACUGGAACUCCGCGGUAUCUAUGGAAAAACAUCUUUGGCGCGGGCGGAUUGCUUUUAAUUCUUAUCGUACUAUAUUCUGGUGUCUGCUGCUUUGGUACCUUUGUGGUGAAAUCUCUGGUGAGCAAGUCGACGAAGCGGAUGCACUUUCAGAUGUUGCGGCUGCUGUUGAUUCAGGCAAUCGUCCCGCUAAUUUUUGAGUAUAUGCCAUGUAUGAUGACGGUGUACGGCGGCUUCCUAGGCCUGCCGCCUGCCCUCUGCGAUCUCUACUCUCUAUUUUCGCCCGUCUUCAUCUCGGCCUAUGCGCCGAUGGAGGCCUUUGUGACUAUUAUUGGGUUUCCGGUGUAUCGCCGCCGAAUAUCGAGAGGAAUCCGCCCGAAGGCCGUAACCCCUCAAACGACCCAAAUGACAUCGACAGUUGGAGUCAAACCGAAAUCUACCGCCGAGUCUGACUCACACUCUCACCAUCAU